AUGGAUAUCGACAAAAUGUUCAAGAUGCCUAAGCUGCCCGGGGGAGGCAAGCGCAAAAUGCCAGAGGCGCCUACUCCGGAGAUGCUGAAAAGGAUACGUUUGGAUUCAGAAGCUGCUUCUGACGGCAUUGCGAACGGAGGAGGUCAGGACAAGGGUAAGAGACGAGCUGUAACGAUAGAGGAUGAAGAGGAGGAAUCGGAGACGGCUCAAGACUUCGCUCCGGGCGGCGACGCGGAUUACUUCGUGGAGGAGGACGAGGAAGGCCGUUUCUUCGGAGGAGGUCUGACAAGCGAGCAGAAGGAAAUCCUUAAUAUCUUUGACAAGGGGGUAGGCGAGGGUGCGCAAGAAGACGUGGAAGAGCUGAACGCGACGGGGAUACGCAAACUUCUUCUCAGGUUCGAGCGAGCAGCAAACAAGAACCAGGACCAACGGUCCAAGUAUCCCGAUGACCCCUCAAAAUUCAUUGACUCAGAGGCGGACCUUGACAGUGCCAUCAAGGCACUACUACCGCUGGCCCAAGUGCCCGCCUUAGCCUAUCCCGAGCUCGUCAAAUCCGGCAUGUUGACUAAGCUAAUCGGCCUGCUAACGCAUGAAAACCCUGAUAUCGCUCUUGACGUCGUCGAACUCCUCAAUGAACUGACGGACGAAGACGUGGGAGACAUUGUCGAGGGUGAUGAGGAGGCUCAGCAGGAGAAGGACGCCGCUCUAAAGACACUGAUCGAGGCUCUGCUAGAGCAAUCGAUCUUCGAGCUUCUGGUCGAUAACCUUGGACGGCUGAAUGAGGCUGAAGAGUCUGAUAGACAGGGCAUUUUCCACAUAUUAGGCGUUUUCGAAAACAUCCUGGGAUUCAACCCUGAGCUAUCUACGACGCUCGUCGACAAAACCAGCAUUAUGACAUGGCUGCUCAACCGGGUGAAGUCAAAGACACACGAUGAAAAUCGAGGCUACGCGGCUGAGAUCCUAUCCAUUCUGCUUCAAAAUAAUAGGAAGAACAGACUGACAUUUGGUGAUAAGGAUGGGGUUGAGAUUCUUUUGAACAUCCUUUCGCAAUAUCGACGACGGGAUCCUGUCGACGGUGACGAGGCCGAAUUCAUGGAGAACAUCUUCGAUACGCUAUGCUCAGCUCUCGGGGAACCCGAGAUUAAGGACCUGUUCUUGAAGAGUGAGGGUGUCGACCUGAUGGUGCUGCUCAUGAAAGAAAAGAUGGAGUCGCGGUCACGCGCAAUCAAAGUAUUGGAUUAUGCCAUGUCCGGCACCGCUGGCACUUCGACCUGCGAGACGUUUGUCGAUGCCCUGGGUCUGAAGAGCUUAUUCGCGGCUCUUAUGGGCAAGGGUUCCAAGAAAAGCAAGAACGUGACGACUCCUGCGUCAGAAGACAUAGGGCACAUCCUCAGCAUCAUCUCGUCGUUAUUCUCCAAUUUGCCGUCCGAAUCCCCAGCAAGGGUUCGGUUGCUGGCGAAGUUCGUGGAGAACAACUACGAGAAGGUGGACAAGCUACUUGAGAUACGGGAGAACGCUCAACUGAGGCUCGUCAUAGUCGAUUCCGAGAUCGAUCAGGAGAAGAAGUUGCUGGAAGAUGGCGAAGAGAUUGGUCAGGAAGAGGAAGAUGCUUGGUACCUCCGCCGUCUCGAUGGAGGCUUGUUCACCAUGCAGACGACCGAUUACAUUCUAGCUUGGAUAGCCAUGGAGGAUGAUGGGGUCCGUUCACAUCUCACGAAAAUGCUGGAUCGCAAAAACAAGUCUUUGAAGGACAUCGUGCGGACACUCGGGAUUUAUCACGACAACGUGGACGAAGAGGAGGUACCGCCGGAAGAAGCCAACGACCCGAACCGCGCCCCGUCACAAAAGGAGAUCCUAAAAGCACUCAUCGCUUUCCUGGACUCUUGCUGA